UGGCACAGAGUAACACAGGCAAAUUCUCUCUUUCAGACGAUCCCCAGCCGCAGGAUUCCCUGCCGAGCCAGUGCCGCGUCCGGUUCCUUUUUCGCCAGGGACAACACAGCCAACUUCCUGUCAUGGUGUCGAGAGGUAGGCGUGGACGACACCUGUCUGUUUGAGUCAGAUGGGCUUGUUUUACACAAACAGCCAAGAGAGGUUUGUCUAUGUCUGCUGGAGCUGGGAAGAAUAGCAUCCAGAUAUAAGGUCGAGCCACCUGGACUUAUAAAGCUGGAGAAAGAGAUCGAACAGGAAGAGAAGACACCUGAACCUCCGCUCUCACCCGUACCUCCCACUUCCAAUUCUCAAUCUUCAUCUGCUUCUCCAUCCGUCUCUCCAUUCAACAAGACCAACUCCAGCAAAAAAAGCACCGGCAAGCUACUGGAUGAGGCUGUGAAGCACAUUUCUGAAGAUCCACCCUGUAAGUGCCCAAAUAAGUUCUGCAUAGAGCGACAAUCACAGGGCCGUUACCGUGUUGGAGAGAAAAUGCUUUUCAUCAGAGUAAGUAUAAAACACAUAACAAACCGUAGUCAGGUUUAA